GCCAGGGGCCGGGCCGGGCCAUGUAGCCCGCGGGCGGCGGCAUGGAGCUGUACCAGGACUAUCACAGCAGCUCGCUGAUCGCCCUGCACUACAACUACACGGGCAAGCUGCAAGGCAGCAAGUACCGGGGGGGGCUGCAGGCCCAGGCGCUGGUGUUCCUGGCCGUCUGCGCCCUCAUCGUGCUGGAGAACCUGCUGAUGCUGCUGGCCCUCUGGCGCCACAAGAAGUUCCACUUGCCCAUGUUCUGCCUGCUGGCCAACCUGACCCUGUCGGACCUGCUGGCCGGCGUGGCCUAUGCGGCCAACAUCCUCAUGUCGGGGGCCCGCACCCUGCAGCUCACCCCCCUGCUGUGGCUCCUGAGGGAGGGGGGCGGGUUUGUCACGCUGGUGGGCUCCGGGGCCGUGCUCCGGCCCCUCACCAUCGUGGUGGGCCCCUUGGUGGCCUGCUGGCUGCCCCUCUUCCUGCUGCUGCUGCUGGACGUGGGCUGUGAGGCCCGGGCCUGCUGGCUGGUCUGCAAGGCUGACUACUUCCUGGCCUUGGCCAUGUUCAACUCCCUGCUCAACCCCAUCGUCUACACCGUCACCCACCGGGAGCUCGUGCCCCGCAACCGCAUCGGCGUGGGAGUCAUCGACGGCCUCAUCUACGCCGUGGGCGGCUCGCACGGCUGCAUCCACCACAGCAGCAGGGAGAGCGUGGAGUGCUACGACCCCGCCACCGACAGCUGGACCGAGGUGACGCGCAUGACGUCCGGGCGCAGCGGGGUAGGCGUGGCCAUCACCAUGGAGCCGUGCCGUAAGCAGGUGGGCCAGCUGGACUGCUGCUAG